AGAGUCCGGGGUAGCGGAAUGACGUCAUGUUGCUAAAGCGACGCGGCAACGCUGAGCGUCUGCGUGGGUCGGCGGGUGUCUGGGCAAGGAUCAAUAGCGUGCCAGCGACCAGGUAGUAGGUGUGAGUAUAUGUAGGUUUCUGAACGGUGGCAGUCCAGGAGACGAACCUUCCGAGGCAGGACACUUGACGAGUCGAGUAGAGCUCCAGUGUCGUACCGGAGAGCGCCAUGCCAGUAUCACUGCACCACGGAACCCUCAUUGAUUAGGAUUAUCAGCUUCUCCAGGCUGCCGCAAUGUGGCCUGGAGUAUUGAACUUACUGGUGUUACUAACAAUCCUGAUACAUGAAUCAAGAUGUGCUACUGGUGCAAAGGUGGUGAACUUCCGGAUGAAGGAGAAGGAGGUAUUAGACAACAUUCUAGGACCAGGACGUUACGACGCGCGUAUCCGGCCCAGCGGAGAAAAUGCAACAGAUGGGCCGGCCAUUGUCCGGGUAAACCUGUUUGUGCGAAGCAUUGCGACAAUUAGUGACAUCAAGAUGGAAUAUUCUGUACAAUUAACAUUCCGGGAACAAUGGCUGGAUGAACGAUUACAGUUUGAUGAUCUUGAUGGUCGUCUAAAAUAUUUAACGUUAACGGAUGGGAGUCGUGUUUGGAUGCCAGAUUUGUUCUUUUCGAACGAGAAAGAUGGACAUUUUCACAAUAUUAUUAUGCCGAAUGUAUACAUUCGUAUUUUCCCCGAUGGUUCCGUUCUAUACAGUAUACGGAUAUCCCUCACGUUAUCGUGCCCAAUGAACUUGAAAUUGUACCCUUUGGAUCGACAAAUUUGUUCAUUGCGUAUGGCAAGUUAUGGUUGGACAACCAACGAUUUGGUUUUCGAGUGGAAAGAAGGUGAUCCAGUCCAAGUUGUUAAAAACCUCCACCUACCUCGGUUCACAUUGGAGAAAUUUCUUACCGAUUACUGUAAUAGCAAAACAAAUACUGGAGAGUACAGCUGUCUGAAGGUGGACUUGCUCUUCAAGAGAGAAUUCAGUUACUAUCUUAUUCAAAUCUACAUUCCCUGCUGCAUGCUCGUCAUUGUAUCCUGGGUAUCAUUCUGGCUCGAUCAGAGUGCUGUACCAGCCCGAGUAUCGUUAGGUGUGACAACACUGUUGACGAUGGCCACGCAGACGUCAGGAAUAAAUGCCUCACUGCCACCAGUCUCUUAUACAAAGGCUAUUGAUAUUUGGACAGGCGUAUGCUUGACUUUCGUAUUCGGCGCUCUCCUCGAAUUCGCCCUAGUAAAUUAUGCAUCGCGGAGCGACAUGCACAGUGAUAAUAUAGAGAAAAAGUAUCCACCGUCUGAAACGGAACAAUCAUCAACGAUCGAUCCAUCAUCCGAUCAAGUCGAGCAAGAUAACUCGUCGAAUUUCGCUAUGACCGGAUAUGAUGGACCACUUCAUUCUCUACAGAAACCUCUGGUCCGACAGCCGGAGGAUACCAUGUCGGUGGAUAGAAUGCAGCACUGCGAAUUACAUAUGCAACCACGAAAAAAAAACUGCUGCAGGUCGUGGCUGUCCAAGUUCCCAACGAGGUCCAAGCGCAUCGACGUCAUCUCACGGAUCUUCUUCCCAAUCGUAUUCGCGUUCUUCAACCUCGCGUACUGGUCCACGUACCUGUUUCGGAAGGAAGAGGAAAACGAGUAAAUGUCGACGAGGAAGCGCUCGGAUCAAGGAACGUGGCACGCGGCCAUCCCCAUCAAUAUCACACCAAAUCGCAUCGUUCGCGUCCUCUUCAGCAACACUAUCGUUAUAGGCAUCGUCAUCACUAUCACCAACACAACGAUCUAGUUGCGAUGCAGCCGCAACAUCGACCGUUGCCAUCGCAGUGCCAUCAACAUCAGCAUCAGCAUCAGCAUCAGCAUCAGCGGCACCACGCGCAUCGAAGCCAGCCACGAUCGGCGUCCUUUUCGUCUUUGCACAACGAAGGAAGCGGUAGAUGUUCGCCGAGAAGCGCACGCCACUCCCGUAGAAGUUCUGCGAGAUCAUCACCGUCGCCGUCGCCGUCACCCUCGCCAUCGCCCUCGCCUACAACGUCGCGUAGAGUGACACCCUCGCCACCCGCGUCCAACGUGCGAACGAUCCCCCUUCAAGACUUACGCCAUUUUCAACGAUUGCCGUCAUUCUCACGUUCCGAGAGGUGCUGUUGGGGUCUUCUACCUCGCAGAUGGUUCACCUGUCGGGCGAAGGGUAGCGCGAGAAUCGAUUUCAUCUCACGGAUCGCUUUCCCUCUCACGUUUAUCAUGUUCAAUCUCGGCUACUGGUCCACCUACCUUUUCCAAGGUGAGGAAAACGUCGGCUUGAAUAAAUAGACGAUCGCUUCGGUAAACGUGACCGAGUCCCAUGGAUUCGGGUGCCGACAGGGAAACGCCCGAUUGAAAUCGCUUCCAUUCGAAUCCAACUUCGAGGUCUUGUCGCUCGUAUCGAACGAACUUUGUUUCUUGUGUCUUCUGUCCGUUAUUUUCAAAGGGAUUGUAUAAAUAGAGGUAGAGACACUCUAAUCAAAGUCACGAAGUAACGUUGCCCGAUUCUGAUUGGUCGUCGCCAAGUGAUCGUACGCAAACUUAGACAGAAACAGAGAUACUCUUGCGAUGUCUUUUCUCUUUCUUACCAUCUUACAUUUACACUUACGGAGUCUCCUAUGACUUCUUUACCCAAUUUGUAUAAUCUCUUUGCUUAUUUUUCCACGACACGUUUAAAAACCAGUGGCGUAGAUCUACCAUCGUCGAGGCUGAAAAUGAAAUGAAAUUUCGGUGGUCCCAUACAGUGGUACAUCUCUUUCUUUUCUUUUUCCUCGUCGGAGAAAUCGUUGGAAAAACAUCCCCGACUUCAUGAGGAAGGCCGAGGGCAGUCCAUUAAUUACGUAUAAAAUUUCAAAUGCCGAUAUACAGCUGUUGUACACGAUUACCAAAGAAACAUUUCGUCGUGCAUCAACUAGAUACAGUAAAGUACUUAUCAGAUUAAAUUAGCUUAUAUGAUGAAUUUAAACAUUUUAAAUUAAUUCUUUAUGUCAGCAAAUGAUCUCGUUAGGUCAGCGUUGGAACUUACUACGGUAGAAUCAAUGUUACGUGAACAUGAUGUUGCACAAACCAUACAUUUUCUAAUAGAACACUGUAUAUAAAUAAACGUACAAGUGUUUACAUAUUUCCUUCUAUAGGAUGAAAUCUAUUUGCAAUCGUUCAAUUAACGUAGUAGUACGAAAUACUUGUACGUAAACUAUGCGACGAGAUCUAUAACGGCCCCCGAUAAAAAAAGUCAUCUGCCCAAGAAUGUCGACGAAUAUUAAUACUCGUAUAUUUACUAGGUAGAUGUCGCAUUAAUAAAUAUUGUUUAUUAAAGAAAAUAAUAUUGUAAACUACUUAUGGUAGCAAACAAUAUUUAAUUCUGAUGUGCUUCGUUAAAAAGUAACUGAAAACAUACAUAUCUACCUAAUUUACCUCCUAAAAAUAUAAUUAACAAUUUCGCUGGGACAGCAUCGCGUCCGAUCUUUGGUAACCGAACCUAGGUUUAAAUUUUUCAAUUUCAGUCGAUUUGAAGUAAUUUAAAAACACGUAAUCAUGGUAUAAAAUUGAAAGGAAUGCGAAAGAGAUAUACCCGGAACGGCAGGUACUAAUUAAAUUGAACAAAUACAUCGUUAAAGAAAUAACCAUACCGGAGUCCUCGAUGGGUCUUUUGCAGUAGUCAGAAGGUUAAAUUAAUAAUACGGUUAUCGAAUUGUGAAACUUGAGUUUGGGGUCCCCUUUGGUCAAGAUCCGAUGGAAAUGGCGCCACUGUCGAUAACGAUGAAAAGAAUGCGGAAGAUCAUGUCUUGUAACAGCGGUGUCGUGUAUUAUGAUCGAUACAAGAAACAUGGUCCGUAUAAACCCUGCACAUCUAUGUAACAACAGUAACGUGCAUUUCGACGAAAGACUUUUCAAUAAUCUGUGUCCGAAGUUCGAAUAUCGUAAAGAUCGAAAAAGCGCAACGAAAUGACAACAUUUUGUAUGGCCGGAAAUAGUUGACGUAUAUAUUAAGGUGGUCCUUAUUUCAAUGAUUUUUUAAAUCUCUGUUACGGACUCGUUAAAUACCUUGCAAAUAUAUAUAUAAAAAAAAUGUUCGGAAAAUCAAAGCUCUCAAGUUUAACAUUAACACGUGCUUCAAUCCUCCGAAAGAUUUAAAUGGAGAAUACAUGGAUUACCUUCUUUUUUUAUAACUCCGGUAAAAAUUGAUGAUAUGAUUUGAAAUUUGACAAAAUUAUUACUCAUAACAAUAGAAAAAUGUAAUAUUGUAAUGUUAUUUUAAAUAUUUUGAUUAUUUUUUAAAUCGGUGCUGUAAAACGAAUUUGAUUAAUAUUAUAUAAAUUGUUUAAUUUGAAAUGAUUUCUCACUUUUUUUGUUUAAUAACAAUUGAAGAAUUUUGGAUGUGUCAAAUUUUUGAAUUACGUAUGAAAGAAUAUUUGUUAGUGGAACUUUUAUAAGAAAUCAUAGAUAAGUGCAUAUUUAAAACCAUAUUUACAGAACUGGAAUAUACGGAAAUAAUUAAUAUAAAUAAUUGAAAUUUUUAGGGCUUGUUUUUAUUAUUAUAAGUAAUAACUCUGCCAAAUCUCAAAUCAUUAAUGUUAAAAUUAACAGCUCAAAUUUUGCCCGAAGUUUUUUUUGUAUAUAUUUACAAGGUAUUUAGUGGGUGCGUUACAUAGAUUUCAAAAAUCAUUGAAAUAAGGAACAUCCUAAUAUAUUCCUCAACUAUAUCAGGUAAAAACGAAUAUAAAAUGAACAAAAAUGGCGAUGAAAAUGGUAUAAGGAAUCGACUCUUAGCGAGCGAGCACGUAACAUAUUACAUACACACACAUUCAUAUACACCUGUAACAUAAUCGGAAGACCGCGCGCCACAGGAUGAAAAUCAAUGUAGUGGGCCCUGUAUAGCCACGGCCUGUUAACGAACUACAUCCGAAUAAAUUUAUAAAUAUUAUACGUAAUAUAAUUGACAAGUAAAUCGUUAAUGCAACAAUGAUUCCUGUGUAUAAAAAAGUCCUCAGUCUACAGUAACAGUAAGUCAACGUUAAAACACUUUUCCACUUAAAGGAUCAACAUUGAUUUGAAGUGAAAUGAACAAAAAAAGAGUAAAAAAAAGAAGAAAAAAACAGAAACGAAAUCAAACGAAAAUUGUAAACGACGAUCUCGAGUGUACGCAAUUAACCGAUAUUGCGAUACCAAUUAUCACGAAUGGUACACGUAGGGAAUAAUUUGCGAUCGAGCAGUAGUAGGUACCACGCGAAACAGUAAAAUUUGUUGUACUCUACCCCCUGGACUUUUCGUGAUCUCGGUUUGAGCCGGGAUCUCUCGUAUUGCUCAUCGAUCGGUCGAGACUGAGGAUAUCGUUCAAUGUGAAGUAUAUAAGUUGGAAGAAAUAAAAAAAAAAAAAAAAAAAAAA